AUGAUCAGCUCAUCAAAUAAUACAUCAACAGCCAACACAACAAGAGGGCAGAUAAGAUGUGGAAAAUUGAAUCACACUCCGGAUCUAGAAGGAUACAUUGUUGUGAAUUGUUGUUCCACUGCUAAAGAUCAAUUAUAUAAACAAUUGUCUCCCAUGUUAUUGGGCCCAUAUGAAUACGAAAUGGAUGCUACUGAUUAUCCUCUCGAUGAGAAAAACAAACCUUCUAAAAAAGUUGUAAUUCAUAAUUUGGAAAACUUUUGGCAAUUUUCUAAAGUUUGGGAAGGAGAGGAAGAAAGUUUUUACAAUGAAAAGACCAAAACUAAUGAAUUGAGACCAAAUAGAUUGUUUUUCGAGAGAAGAGCUGAAGGUUGGAAUGAUAAGAAGGCACACAGAUGGGUCAAGAAGGGAGAAAAGACAUUGUAUGCCUGGUGGCAUGGAGAAAAGCUCGAUUACAUGGCUGGUAGAAGAAGAAUCUACUGUCCACUCUAUGCUGAGAAGGUAGUUCACAUUGAAGGAUUUAAAAAGGUUCAAAAUCUCCUCAAUAAGGGACACAAUAUUUUAAUUCUUGGUUAUGAUGGUUACGAUUAUCAUGCUGAGAAUAUGACACUUCAAGAUUGUUUCAAUGAUGUUUCAAGACCAUUCGGUCACGAAUUGGUAUUGUGUGGCUUGUUAACUAAUGAUCAUGUUUGGGAGUAA